AUGUACUAUGAAUUAAUGGCUAUAGCCAGAGUUAGAGAUCCUCGUGCUAAAUAUGCUGAUGCCAUGAAAAUUGUUAAUACUGUAGGGAAAUUAAUACUCAAUAAUAGAGGAGUUAUAAGAGAUAUCACAUCAUUAGGAGCAAAACCUUUACCAAAGAUAAUAAGUAAGAAUCAAGAAAGACAUUUUGAAGGUUAUCAAUUUAUGAUUGGAUUUGAUAGUUCAGCUGCUGUUCAAGAGGAAUUAAUCAGAACUUUAAGAAAAGAUCCUAGAAUUUUAAGAGCAAAUGUUUUCAAACAACAUAUUCAUAAAUCUUUAAAUGUUGGUACCAGUUUUGAACAAGCAAGUAAGUAA